AAUGAUAGCUAUUACCAAAUAGUUAGAGGCAACGUAGCAAUCUGAUAAAGACUAAAUCUCUUAAAACCACCGACCCCAUCGUUACACCAAACUUUGUUUUCCUUCAUACUUCAAGAAAUCUCAACAUCUCUAAAGCUUUCUUUAUAUGCACAAAUACUUCACCAAUUGUUUCCUGCAGCUUUCUCAUCUCAACACAAUGCCUUCACAUUCAAUCAUUUGGUCUCUUCUCUUACUUUCUUGUCUCAUCUUUCCCUUUAGUGUCAAUGCACAAGCACCUGCCGCUUCGCCGUCAACUUCCACCACCAAUGCUCCUCCUCCAACCACCACUGUGUCGCCGCCAAUCACCACUGCUCAGCCUCCAACCACCACUGCUCCUCCUCCAGCAACCGUUGUUCCGCCCGUUUCAGCUACUCCGCCACCAGCAGUUACUCCAACUUCAUCACCGGCUCCAAAAGUAGCACCAGUAAGCAGCCCCACAACUCCGCCUCCACAACCACCACAAAGCCCGCCCGUUUCAGCUCCACCCGUCUCACCACCACCAGUUUCACCACCACCUGCACCGGCUUCUCCUCCACCUGCACCGGCUUCACCACCACCUGCACCAACUUCUCCACCACCUGCACCAGCUUCACCGCCACCAGCACAAGCACCUACACCAAUAACACCAAUAACAAUGCCACCAGCUCCAGCACCAGCUCCUGCCAAGCACAAGAAAAAGCACAAACACAAAAGGCAUCACCAUGCUCCAGCUCCAGCACCAACUCCCCCGAGCCCUCCUUCUCCUCCGGUUCAAACAGAUUCACAGGACACGGCUCCAGCACCAUCCCCAUCUCAGAACGCGAAUGGAGGAAAUGCCUUAAAUCAGCUGCAAGGAAUGUGGCUCAAUACCGCGCUGGGAAUUCUCUUUCUGCUGGCUAUUACAGUCUAAAAAUUUCUAGCUCUUCUCAUUAUAUCACAGAUGUAUCGACUUGAGCAGCUACAAUUUUUCCACAUGUAUACCAAACACAUUGAUUCAACAAUAAUACAUUUUUUU